GCUCCACAAAAGCUUGUGCGAGUUUUCAGUCAGUAGGUCAACGAGAAGGGCCGCUUUUGUUGGGGUCAAAUAGUUUCGACCUGCGGGGGUCGCCCACUGCCGAAGCCUGCAACCCCUCAUCCAUUUCUCGGCACUCCAGGGCGCAAUUAUCGAAUCGUCAAACAUAAUAAGAAAUGACCAGCACGGCAAUGAAGCUGGGACUGGAUUACGUGUGUCGGGCGGGUCGCUGGCCCGUGGGCAGCUUCCUGGACUCCAGACACUGCAUCUUUGCGCUCACUCUCCUCACACUCCUCAUGCAGGUGGUGGUGGAGGCCAACUCCUGGUGGUCUUUAGCCAUGAACCAGCUGCUGAUCCCGGAGGCCUACAUCAUCGGUGCCCAGCCUCUGUGCAGCCAGUUGGCGGGCCUCUCGCAGGGCCAGAAGAAGCUGUGCCAGCUGUACCAGGACCACAUGCAGUACAUAGGCGAGGGUGCAAAGACGGGCAUUAAAGAGUGCCAGUACCAAUUCAGGCAUCGCCGCUGGAAUUGCAGCACGGUGGACAACUCCUCUGUCUUUGGACGGGUCAUGCAGAUUGGCAGUCGAGAGACGGCCUUCACCUACGCCAUCAGCGCUGCGGGGGUUGUGAACGCAGUGAGCCGUGCCUGUAGAGAGGGGGAGCUGUCCAGCUGCGGGUGCAGCCGUGCCGCUCGGCCCAAAGACCUGCCACGAGACUGGUUGUGGGGCGGUUGUGGGGAUAACCUCAACUAUGGCUACCGGUUCUCCAAGGAGUUUGUGGACGCUCGCGAGAGGGAGAAGAGCUACCCGAAAGGCUCGCAAGACAGUGCCCGGCUCAUGAUGAAUCUUCUUAAUAAUGAGGCUGGAAGAAGGACUGUGUCUGACCUUGCGCACGUGUCCUGCAAGUGCCACGGGGUGUCCGGCUCAUGUAGCCUCAAGACCUGCUGGCUGCAGCUGGCAGACUUCCGCAAAGUAGGUGACGCGUUGAAGGAGAAGUACGACAGCGCCGCUGCCAUGAAGCUCAACUCGCGCGGGAAGCUGGUCCAGAUGAACAACAAGUUCAACCCUCCCACCAGCCACGACCUGGUGUACAUCGAGUCCAGUCCGGACUACUGCCUGAAAAACCAAAGCACAGGGUCCCUGGGCACAGUGGGACGUCUAUGCAACAAGACCUCGGAGGGGAUGGAUGGGUGCGAGCUCAUGUGCUGCGGUCGGGGUUACGACCAGUUCAAGGCCCAGUUAGUGGAGCGCUGCAACUGCAAGUUCCACUGGUGCUGCUACGUCAAGUGCAAGCGCUGCACCAAAAUCGUAGACCAAUUCGUCUGCAAGUGAGACAAGAGGAGAGUAGCAGACGAUGGUCGUGCAUUUGCAUGAACGGAGGAGUCAGAGACAAACUAUAUAAAUUAUAUUUAUAGAGUUAAACAAUUAUACCAUUGCAAAAAAGACUUGACUCACCCUGCCGCCCCCCCUCCCCCCACAAAAAAUGUCUUGAUGAACUGAGAGUAUCAUAAAAUAUUUAUUUUAAGAUUGUUUUAUCUUGGCCCAUCUGGUUUUUAACUCCUGCAAGUGCCUAAAAUUGCCAGAAACGACGACUCCAUUAAUUCCAGAAAGUUUUCUUUUCAGAUUUGUCAUAUGGAUAACACAAUUGGACUGUGCUGCCCAUUUUGUAAAAAGAAAAAAAAAAUACAGCAUGACACUUGAUGCACAGUUGACUUCAAGGUCCUGGCUUAUUGUGUGGCUGCGGUGACAGGAGAAUGCCUUUGUGUCGUAUGGAUGGACGUGUUUUCAUGGGCUCAAUCCCAAAGCAGCUCUCACAUCCCCGAGUCCAACUUCUCCCCUCCUCACGUGGAGCCCGAGGGAUCUUGUUGGUUCGUACCAGUCUGGGGAGACAAAUUGGUUCAGGCAGAGGAUGGUUUUAGGGGCUGGGAUAUUUCUUAAACUGUCUGAGAAACCUUUGCGUUCCGCAGGUGCUGCAGAAGUCCGCCACCAUUAUGCACUUUGAUACAGAGGCUUAAACCUGUCUGUAUGUGUCUGUUCAGCUGUUUUUUUUUUUUUUUUUUAAACUGCAGUGCGUAAGUUAAUAUAUCAAUAUUAUAGCCAACACUGUUUUCCAUAUUCAGAUUAUUCAUUUACCAUAGUCUACAAUACAUAACUUGGUUUGAGUAUAUAUGGGCAAGGUUUUGAUUACAAUGGUGGAAUAGUCCAUCUUCUGUGUAUAUAUUAUGUCUAGUCAACUGAUCAGUAAACUGUAUUUAUUUUUCUUUAACCGGCUCCUCCAUUAUAGCAACAAAACACGGCUCCUUUAGUUGGACACCCUGUGGAAGUCACUUUCAAAAUUUACAACUCACUCAUUCUUUUUUUUUUUUUUUUUUGUAAAGGGAAAUGCACCUUAUUUUUCAACCCACAGUUUUUCCUCUCACCUUUUUUUCGUUGUUAGCUUUAGACACAUUUAACACAUACCAGAUGUUUCGAUUCACCAAUACCACUUAAUUUGGCCUCUCAUAAAGCGAACUAUCUCCACCGGUCCAACUGAAUUUUAUGUAUAUUUAUAAGCUUCCUUCAUCAAUUUGAGGUUUGUUAAGCUUCACGUGUAAUGGCAAAUAUUUUACUUUUUACAAAUUGGCUAAAAGCUUUGUUUUCAAUAAAUAUAUAAAACCAAAAUAUUUACUCA